GGUCAGAGGGCAUGGCUCAGUCACAAGUUAUUUUAGGAGGAUACUUUCAUUGAAGCGUCACCGCUGAUGGCGAGAUGGACUUUAUUUAAGCCAGCCUGGAUCACACAAUGCCACUGUGGGAUAGAAGCACACAGACGCGAAUCAAGUUUUGGGGUAGGCCCUUUUCUAUUCCAGCAUGACCGUUCCCCAGCGCACGAAGCAAGCUCCAUAAAGGCGUGGUUGGAUGAGAGCCCUGACCUCAAGGCCAGCAAACACACUUGGGAGGAGAAUAUGCCAAACUGGGGAGGCGGUGCAAAGUGUGCAGCCUGUGAGAAGACUGUCUACCAUGCAGAGGAGAUGCAGUGUAAUGGGAGAAGCUUCCAUAAAACCUGCUUCAUGUGCAAGAGCUGCAGAAAAGGGCUGGACAGCACCACGGUAGCCGCGCACGAGUCCGAGAUCUACUGCAAAUCUUGCUACGGCAAAAAAUACGGGCCAAAAGGUUACGGAUACGGGCAAGGGGCUGGAGCUCUGAGCUCGGAUCCUGUUGGACAGCAUGUCAACGUGCAGCCUGAUGACGCUAAACCACGGCAAUCCUCCACAAAUUCCACUUCCAACAAGUUUUCCCAGAAGUUCGGAGGCUCCGACCGCUGCCCUCGCUGCUCCAAAGCUGUCUAUGCAGCGGAGAAAGUGAUGGGAGCAGGGAAGCCUUGGCAUAAAACCUGCUUCCGCUGCGCUAUGUGCGGUAAAAGUCUGGAGUCGACCACAGUGACUGACAAGGAUGGAGAGAUCUACUGUAAAGUUUGCUAUGCCAAAAACUUUGGGCCAAAAGGAUUUGGACUGGGGAAUGCCGCCAUGUUGGAGGACCGAGAGUGAACACUGCUUGGAAGUCAUGAAGCAUUAACAAUUAUCCAUGG